CUCUUCGCAAGAAUUUCCUUAGAAUUAGAGACAACACCAAGAAGAGGAAACCUUUGCAACCUUUUCUCCCAGAAGAAUGUAUUUUUUGGUGAUCCUGGCUUUUCUAGGACGAAUUAUGGGUGAGACUUUCUUUCGUCACUAUGAAAAUGGAAAUUUCACACUUACGUGCAAUGGAACAGUGGCUAAUGAGAAGGAAACAAUUUGGUAUGAAACUAAAGAAUUUCUGCAAGAAUGGCAAGUAAUCAGCUGCUGCAGUAAUCAACUGCCCAAAGUAAUCAAUGGACCAAACAAAUGCUCUGAUAAAACAAAGUGUACAAACCGAUUAUCAAAUUCUGAUUCCAGAGGUGGUGGGGUAUUUGCAUGUGAGCAAUUUACAAAUACUGGAACAUCACAGACUUGCCCACUUUUUACCAAUGUGACUCACUGCAGACAUUAUAACUUUUUUAUUGUGGCGAUAAUAAACAUGACUGCUGAUAAGGAGAUAUUUGAGACCAUUCCGUCAAAAUCACACAAUAAUCAUUUAGUAGAAGAAGAAAGUAACAUCACUCUCUCUUGUGAAUUUCAAAUGAAGCAACCAGAUCAAACAUUUGUUAUAUAUUGGAUCAAAUAUACAGAAACAAGCAAAUGCCUGUUUUCUGCUGAGAGAGAGAUAUCUAAUUUCUCGUAUAAUACACAUUGCUGUAUUGAUGAGAUGAUCAAAGGACGACUAGUGAACUAUACAAGCUUAGAUUCAGACAAGAAACAUGUAGUCCAUAAUAUGACCAUCUUGAAUGUUACUGACUCUGACAGUGGAACUUAUUUAUGUGUUGUAAAUUCCUGGUCAAGAAAUAAACAUGUGUGGAAGAUUGCAAAUAACCUUUCUAUAGAAGUGAGGAAUCAAGCCAUUCCAUCCUCUGCUUCCGUGCCAUUGUAUGCCGCCACAGGAUUGAUCAUAGGGAUUAUUAUCAUCAAUGGGAUAGCAUGGUUGAUCUAUAAAAAGAAAAUCAAAUCAAAAGGAAAGCUAUCUGCACAACUUCCCAGAGCUCAGGCUGCUCUUGAAAUUUCUGGAGAUGAAUGUUCCCCGUACGCAGUGAGCAGCAGCAAAGACUUUCAAAGAAAUGAAGUGUUGUAUUCACUUGCAACGAGCCCAGAUGAGGACCCAAAUGCAGCCUAUUGUACAGUGGAUAACACUGCAGCAUCUGGCAAGGGGACAGGAGAUGAAAUUCAUACAGUCUAUGCAGUGGUGCCACAGUAGCUGUUCCUGAGCUGGAGAAUGGACAUCGGUUUGAAAAUGACUAUCAACUUUUGGCUGAUUUUAGGGGGGAAAAAACCAACAUAGUAGCCUUGACUACCCAUUUUUGACUAUUCAAUGAGCUAUCUUACAAAAUAUUAUGGAGCAGGUCCUCUACUGGUAUAAAUUCUCAUAGCUCCAUUAUGAAGCUAUGACAGUUUGCACCAGAGAAACAUAGGAAUUGUAACACUCAGACCAUUGGUUCAUUUAGUUCAGAAUCCCGUCUCCGGCAGUGGCCUUCACCAGGUGUGUCAGAAGCAGAUGCAAGAGUCCCCAUAAUGGACAAUUAUGGCACAAUUUGCUCACAGGGGAAGUUUCUUCUCAACACCUGUCAGCUACAGGUUGGCUAUACCCUGAAGGAAGAGGGUUUUAUAGCCCUCAUAUAUCUUAUCCUAUCUAAUGUAACUUUAUCCUUAGUGUGUGAAAACCUUUAUAAAUGAACGAUUGCUUUAGGAACAAAGAUCUUCAUUUUCCUCCAGUUAUACGCUGGUGUAAUUCUGCUGGCUCCAUUGGAGAUACUCCUGCUUUACAUUGGUGUAAGUGAGAAAAGGAUCAGAUACUUAGACACUCAGGUAUGAUUACUAGAGUAGGAAGAAUCAAUUAAGGACACUAUUAGUCCCUACUGUAAGUUUUUCUUCUUUAAAACAGGCACAUUGGAUAUAAUGUUGUGAAGGGAGACUGGGGUCCUUUAUGUAUCUCCAGAAAAGGUGCAGCACAAACCAUGUUCCAGGAGUCAGGGCCAGCAGCAGGGCCACUCUCCUAGUAACCUAACAAAAACAGUUGGCCUGUAGUUGGCUGCUUGAUUGACUACACCGCCUGAUUGGUUUGAAGAGUCAGCAGCCCAGCACUUAAGCCCAGCAGCAGUUCAGUGUCUCUUCAAAUUAUGUACCCGUGGCUGAGCUAGCUCCUGGGUGUGUUUGUUCUAGCCCUGCCCCACUUCCACUAAGCAUGACUGCCCAUGUCCUGGCCACUGACACCAUGGCAGUGCCAGUGUCCUCACAUAAGCCUUUUUAGUCAUCACAAAGGUGAGAGGAACCUCUGCUAGGAUGAGAGGAUAGGUGUAUCUCUGUGCAUAUUUAAAUCUUAAAUCCACUGGAAUGUCCAUAUUCUCCAUUUACUUUCCCCUGCCCACCUCAAAAGCUUGACACUGAGUGAAGUGAUCCUCUUUCAAGGGUCUGUUGGCUCCAUUCUGGAUGCUCAGAUGGGAUGUCUUUGCAGGGGUGCUGGAACAAUUUGUAUAGUGGGGGUGCUGAAAGCCAUUGAACCAAACUGUAAACCCUGUAUAUA